UGCACCUACAGAGGCUUCACUAUAUGCUUUUAAGCGUCUUUGCUAUUCUGUUUACCAGUUGUCAGCCAUCAAGCUUGCAUGGCUACAUCACAGGAUAAUUUAGAAAAAGGCAAAUGUAUAUUGGAUCCCCCUAUCAUUUGUGAAACAGCUGCUAGCUAUCAAGCAUGUAUGACUACGUCAUCUCCUAAUUUAGACAAAGGAAAGGGUACAUUGGACCCCCCUAUCAUUCGUGAAACAGGGUCCACAUCGGGUACAUCUAACCUGCGUCAUGUUACCUUGAACACCGUACCAAUCAAAGCUCAUAGGCGGGCCAAAAAGGUGUGCCUGGUCACUAAAGAGCAACGAAGUGAGUAUGUUGCUCUAAAAAGGGUCCCAAAUUGUCAAUUUUGUCAUGCAAAGAAGUUUGAAUAUGAACCUCCAGGAUUUUGCUGUAACAAUGGUUCAAUAAGGUUGACAUCUCAUAAAAUGCCAACUGAAUUAUCGGAGUUAUACUUUGGAAAUACUGAAGAAUCUGAAAAUUUCCGAACUUAUAUUAGAACGUACAAUAACAUGUUUGCAUUUACUUCACUUGGUGUCAAGUAUGAUAAAGAGCUAGCGAGAAGAAAUUGUGGUAUCUACACAUUUAGAGUCCAAGGACAGAUGUAUCAUUUUAUAGAUGAUUUAGUUCCUUCCAAUGAAAAACCUAGGAAUUUACAGUUGUACUUCUACUAUAAUGAUAAUGAACUAGCCAAUAGGAUGGCUUGUUCGACAAGAAUUAAUGAAUCAAUAGUGAAAAAGUUGAUGGACAUACUGAAGGUAAAUCCAUAUACUAUUUUCCUAAGAUCUCUCUUAAAUGUUCCUCAAUUAUCUGAUUUCUAUAUUGCUCUUAAAUGUCACUCAACCUUAGAUCAACGAACAUAUAACUUACCCAGUGCAUCAGAGAUCGCGGCAUUAUGGCUUGAAGAAAAUCCUAGAGACACAUCUGCACCACAUAUUCGAAUUUAUACUCACAGUAAUAGAUCUCGGUUAGUACAUUAUUAUUAUGAAUGUUAUGAUCCGUUGCAGUAUCCAUUAUUAUUUCCCUUCAGUGAAAAUGGAUGGCAUUGUGGAAUCAAAAAAAUUGUUCAGACAAAAAAUGUGACGAAACGUAGAGCUUACUGUGAACAUGAAUAA